CCUAGGGGGAAAUCACUGAGCGAGCCCCUGAGGUCCUGGCCCGGGAAAACGCCCUCUGCGGCGAGGACGAGACCGGCCGCCAUGCCGCCCCGUGGGCCGCGCAGAGCCCUGCUGCUGCUGCUGCUGUUGCACGCUGCGGGCGCCGUGCCGCUGGAGCGGGGGUCCCCCCGCCAGGACGAGAGCCCCGCCACCGAGAGUCCCGACACCGGGCUGUACUACCACCGGUACCUGCAGGAGGUCAUCAACGUGCUGGAGACGGACGGUCACUUCCGGGACAAGCUGCAGGCCGCCAACGCCGAGGACAUCAAGAGCGGGAAACUGAGCCGAGAGCUGGACUUCGUCAGCCACCACGUGCGCACCAAGCUGGAUGAGCUCAAGAGGCAGGAGGUGUCUCGGCUGCGGAUGCUGCUCAAGGCCAAGAUGGACGCGGAGCAGGAGCCCAACGUGCAGGUGGACCACCUGAGCCUCCUGAGGCAGUUCGAGCACUUGGACCCCCAGAACCAGCACACGUUCGAGGCCCGCGACCUGGAGCUGCUGAUCCAGACGGCCACCCGGGACCUCGCCCAGUACGACGCGGCCCACCACGAGGAGUUCAAGCGCUACGAGAUGCUGAAGGAGCACGAGCGCCGCCGGUAUCUGGAGUCCCUGGGAGAGGAGCAGAGAAAGGAGGCGGAGAAGAAGCUGGAGGAGCAGCAGCGCCGGCACCGAGAGCACCCGAAAGUCAACGUGCCUGGCAGCCAAGCCCAGUUGAAGGAGGUGUGGGAGGAGCUGGAUGGAUUGGAUCCCAACAGGUUUAACCCCAAGACCUUCUUCAUACUGCAUGAUAUCAACAGCGACGGCGUCCUGGACGAGCAGGAGCUGGAGGCGCUUUUCACCAAGGAGCUGGAGAAAGUGUACGACCCGAAGAACGAGGAGGACGACAUGCGUGAGAUGGAGGAGGAGCGACUGCGCAUGCGGGAGCACGUGAUGAAGAAUGUGGACGCCAACCAGGACCGCCUGGUGACCCUGGAGGAGUUCCUCGCGUCCACUCUGAGGAAGGAGUUCGGGGACACCGCGGAGGGGUGGGAGACCGUGGAGAUGCACCCGGCCUACACGGAGGAGGAGCUGCGGCGCUUUGAGGAGGAGCUGGCCGCCCGCGAGGCCGAGCUGAACGCCAAGGCCCAGCGGCUGAGCCAGGAGACACAGGCCCUGGGGCGGUCCCAGGACCGCCUGGAGGCUCAGAGGAGGGAGCUGCAGCAGGCCGUUCUGCAGAUGGAGCAGAGGAAGCAGCAGCAGCAGCAGCCACAGGACCUCGGUGCCCCCGGCCCCAACCCGGAGGGGCAGCUCAAGUUCCGUCCGGACACCGCUGCAGACGACGCGCCCGUGCCGGCCCCGGCCGGUGACCAGAAAGAAGCGGACGUUUCAGAAAAGAAGGCCCCUGAGCCGGCCACGGGGGGACCCCCGCUGGAGUCCCAGCGCCUGUGAUCAAACGACCCCAGCCCCCCACGUCCGCUGCAUGGCCGACGGGAGCGGGUGUGAUCCAGUUGCCCUCCGUGGGGGCCGCAGCUUGCACCGCCGCCACCGCCGCCAUCCCUGCCCGCCUCCGCCCUGCAGCUCCGUCCCCUCCCAGCGGCCUGGCCUCUCUCGCGUCCGCUGGCGCGGGGUCAGCUUCCUCAGGAAGUCCGCGGCCGCCCUGUGUCCGCACAGCUUCUGGAAGUCCCGUCCGCUGCCCCGAGCCCGGCUUCUGUUGGUUUUUGGGGACUCGGGGGGGGUCCCUUGAGCCUCAUGCCUUGUUGGAUCCAGCGAUCCCGAGGGACAGCGGCCUCCAGGCAGGGCUGGGUGCCCCGCAGCGGGGGACGCUCAGCCCCAAGCUGCCCCCACCCCGGAGCAGUCCCAGCCCCGCCUCUGCUGCUCGUGGGUCCGCACGAAUACACUUUCCGGAACGAAUCUUGGCUCGGUGCGUGCGUGGCGCCACCUGCCGCGUCCUCGCCGGGCCAGGCGCAGUCCCAGCGUCUCCGCCAAGGCCGGGCCUGGCGUCCGCCCGCCUGGUGCCGACGGGUCUGCCUGAGGCGCUGUCGGGGACAUCUCCCCCUCCCACGACCCCAAGCAUGAAGAUGUGCCUGCAGUGGCUUCUUGCCUCAAGGGCUGGAAGGUCCUGUGGUUAAGUGAAGGAACGUCUUGUGGUUAAUGCAUAGCUCUAGGUCCAGCAAACAUCCUGGCGUGCAUACAGCCUGCUACCCACCCGCCUGAGACAUGCGGUUAUCAUGCGGCCCUACAGGGCCUCUCGCCCACAUACAACAGUUCCUCCUCCUCAGCCCCCUUGCUACAAAGCAUAUAAACCCUUGUGUAAAAAAAAUAAAUUUUACAGCUUAAUCAGAA